AUGUACACUACUCGAGUAAAUAAGAUAUUAUCCAGACAUGAAAAUUGGUUCCUUCAGAAGGAUGAUGAUGAUGAUGAUGAUGAUGAUGAUGAUGAUGAUGAUGAUGAUGAUGAUGAUGAUGAUGAUGAUGAUGAUGAUGAUGAUGAUGAUGAUGAUGAUGAUGAUGAUGAUGAUGAUGAUGAUGAUGAUGAUGAUGAUGAUGAUGAUGAUGAUGAUGAUGAUGAUGAUGAUGAUGAUGAUGAUGAUGAUGAUGAUGAUGAUGAUGAUGAUGAUGAUGAUGAUGAUGAUGAUGAUGAUGAUGAUGAUGAUGAUGAUGAUGAUGAUGAUGAUGAUGAUGAUGAUGAUGAUGAUGAUGAUGAUGAUGAUGAUGAUGAUGAUGAUGAUGAUGAUGAUGAUGAUGAUGAUGAUGAUGAUGAUGAUGAUGAUGAUGAUGACAACAAGAACAACAACGACAACGACGACGACGUUUAA